AUGGAUGGUCUGAGUUGGGAUCCUUCUUCACAACUUGCUGUUAAUAACAUACCAAUGUUGGAAGGAGAAGAAGACUACUCCAUCUUUGUUAAUAAUCACAUGCAAGAGAUGCACAAGUCUCAUCAUCGUAAUGGAUAUCCAAAUUCUGAAAAAGUGAUGAUGAUGAUGAGCAACAUGGUUCAGUACCCAUCAUCAGCAACACCAGAAGCUGAGAUUGUGAGUUUUCCACAGAGAACAAGAAACAACAACAACAAUUUUAGUAUGGCGGUGAAAUCAUCAUCAUCAUCAUCAACCGGUUGGGAUGUAAAAGAAGCCUUAACAUCUAAUCACCAAUCAUGGCCAUCACUUUCAGUAGUCAAUUAUGUGCCAGAUUUCAAUAUGGCCCACCACCACCACCACCAACAACAACAACAACUCAUCAACAGCACAACACAAUCAUCAUCAUCCCUUGAAUCACUCGAUUGCCUGCUUUCAGCUACCAACAGCAACACAGACACUACUACUGCUACUACUUCUCUUGAAGAAGAUGAUAGCAUCUCCAUCAUUCUAUCUGACUGCAGAAACUUCUGGAACUUCACUACUAAUUAUGGAGCCAUCACUGCUGCUGCUGCUGCUUCCUCUGCUGAAUCUGAAACCAAUAAUGUUUCCAACAAACAGAACAACAUGCAAUAUCAUCAUCACCAUCAUCAGAUCAAUAAUAAGGAGCUCGAUGAAACAGUAUCUCAAGCUUCAAAGAGGACAAUCAAUGACCAAUAUGACCUUAUCAAAACUUCUUCUUCUGCUGCUGCAACCACCACCACUGGUCCCUACUUCAGUAUCUUCCACAAUUCUUCUUCUUCCGCCACUGAAAGCGGCGCCUUCAAGCUUAUCAAAGAGAAUCCUCUACCAAGAUCCAAGAAACCAAGAUGGGAGAAUAACAACAACAACAACAACAAUAAGCAUGGUGGUUCAUCAUCCAACAUCAACUUCCAGCAGCCGAAUUCAUCGCAUUCCACCAUUGACGAACCAGAUCCAGAGGCCAUUGCACAGAUGAAGGAGAUGAUAUAUAGAGCUGCGGCAUUUCGGCCUGUGAACUUGGGAUUGGAGGUUGCGGAGAAGCCGAAGAGGAAGAACGUGAAGAUAUCAAGCGAUCCUCAAACGGUAGCUGCAAGGCAAAGAAGGGAGAAAAUAAGUGAAAGAAUUAGGGUUUUGCAGAAGAUUGUUCCUGGUGGAAGCAAGAUGGACACAGCUUCAAUGCUUGAUGAAGCUGCUAACUACCUCAAGUUUCUUAGGUCACAGGUCAAAGCUCUUGAAAGCUUAGGGAACAAGCUUGACACCAUGAAUAAUCAUAAUGUUCCUCCUACCACCACCAUUGCUUUCUCUUUCAACCCUUCUUUUCCCAUCAUGCCAUCUUAUUUUCCCAACCCUAAACCCUAGCAAUCUCAUCUUCCACAUUUAACGUGUAAUUUAGGAAUAUUUACUUCUUCUUCUCAAU